UUUCAGUUCCCUUUUUCGACCCCAACGGACUUGUUCUCAUCACCAGACGUCUAAAUCGUUUUUCAUUUCUCAAAUGUUUUUCAGUUUAUUUCUGUUGAGUGUCGCGGUAAAUCAACUUGACGCUUCUCCGGUCCCUCCCGAAACCGAUGUCAAUAAUUAUCUAGCGAGUUUCGGUUACUUACAUCCGAAAUACAAGAACUCCUCUAAUUCGGUGAUUGCAGGGGAAACUAUCCGAAAUGCCGUCAGAGAUUUCCAAUCCUUUUUCGGCUUGAAUAUAACAGGUGUAGCGGACGAGGAAACAUUGAGAUGGAUGGGGAAGCCUCGUUGCGGUGUUCCCGAUAGAAUCAUAACGGAUGAUUCUUCCACUCAACAGAAGCGCAACAUUAAUAGUAACGGAGAAAACCGGUGGACUAAAAAUGAAUUAACUUACGGUAUUCGUAAAUACACGCCGGAUUUGGACAAAUCCGUCGUGGAUGAAGAAAUCGCCAAAGCAUUUCGGCUAUGGGAAGAAGUAACUCCAUUUACCUUCACUUUUAUUGAUAUGGGAAAAGUCGACAUUGAAAUCCGUUUUGAGAAUGACUCUCAUUCAGACGAUAAAAAUCACUAUCAGUUUCAUAAGUUUGAUGGCCCUCUGGGUGUUUUGGCUCACGCUGCCUUUCCCGAAUCGGGUGAAACACACUUCGAUGAAGCGGAAACAUGGACCAUCAAUGAGGGUAAACAAUUUUGUUCGAAUUUGUUCCAGGUGGCUGUUCACGAAUUUGGUCACGUCCUUGGACUGUCGCAUUCCGAUACCAAAGCGGAUGUAAUGACUCCAACUUACGAUUACCGCCCUGAUUUCAAAUUGGAAACUGGUGACAUCAGUAGAAUCCAGGAACUCUAUGGCUGGAAUUUGAAGGAAUCUUUAGAAGAAGGCGAAUCUCAAGAAGGUUUGCCACUACAAUUCAAAGAACUAUUGGCAGACAUGAAAACCACAUUUGACAUGGAGUUAAACCUCAUAAAGAAAGAUUUAGAAGCCACAAAAACAUCGUUGGCCAAUACUAGGAUCCGUUUAAGUAACAUGAAGUACACCGUCGAUGAUCUGACGACAAAAUUAAACGCCCAAACGAACGAAUUAGUUGACAUUGGUCAAAUGCCAACCUCUUGUGAAGAUCUGCAGCAAAUUGGACAUAAACUGAACGGAUUUUUUAUGGUGAAAAGUGUGAGGAAGAUGGAAAUGAUUUACUGCAACUUUUUGGCUAAUCAAAAUGACAAACAGAAAUGGAUCGGAUUUGCCGACGUCAAAUCGACGCCCGUCUAUUUCUACGUCCAGAGAAAUUCUUCAUUUAACACGACUAAAACUCCGAUUCCGUUCGAUUUGGCGUUGGUGAACGAGGGAAACGCCAUGAAUUUGACAUCGGGGAAAUUCACGGCACCGCGACCGGGAAUUUAUUUUUUCUCUUUCGCGGGAACGGUGCGUCUUUCAACUUCAUCUUCUUAUGUUGAUUUUUAUUCUCGUCUUUAUUUGAACGGGAAUGUAAUCGGGUCGAGUAAUGUUUACGAGUAUAACGGUCCCGUUGAUCAAUAUAAUCCGGUGACCCUCCAGUCGACGCUGAACUUGAAAAAAGGCGAUCAACUCUGGGUGCAGAUUGAUUAUUCAUUUCGGAUAAUCGGUUCAUCCUCGCAUUUAUUUGACAGCGUUAACCACUACACCCAUUUCACGGGUUUCAUGUUGGAGGAGGAAAUUGUGGCGUCCCUUUGAGGUUCAACAUCAUCGGCGACACCAACCGAAAUGCG